CCCCUCACACCAAGUCACACACAACACAAGUUCAAAGCUUUAGCUUUAAGCUCAAGAGAGAGGUAAAAAAAAAGUAAAAGAGACCAACCAACCCUCAUUUUCAUUGCUAAGAAAAGAGUUCAUUGAAGAAAUGAAGAUGGAUAGUGCUGCCUCAAAGAGAAGGCUAUCAUCAUCAAACAGAGGACUUGGAGGAGUCCUCAGAGAGCAAAGGGCAAGACUUUACAUAAUAAGAAGAUGUGUUGUCAUGCUCCUUUGUUGGCAUGACUAGUUUUUCUUCAACACUUGCAAGUCCAACCAUGCUUUUCUUUCUUUCCAUGGCAAUGGAAGAAGAACAGUUCUCUCUAUGUUUUUUUUCUUUGAUUUUCUCUUCUUGUUUCUUUUUUCCUUUCUUUCUCCCUCUGAUUCAUGGUGGAGUGUAAAUAGAAACGGCGAGAUAUCAUGGGAGAGAGUAUAACAAGUUUUGUAUGUGUUGCUGGCCUUCAUGGCUAGGCUAUAUAUGUAUAUCGAAAUAGCAUGAAUUAUAAUGAUAGCUAUGUCAACAAAUCAUAUAUCCAAAAUCCCUCUUACUCUUCUUUGCAUUGAUUAACUUGGAAUAGUUUUAGUCAUUAUGUUCAUGUCUUCCAAAUUACUUUAAAUCUAGCACCUUCACCUCACCUUUGUUUUACUUUGUAUAACCAUGAGAAUCAUGGACUAAAAGCAUUCAUGAAAGAUAUGAUUAAGUCUCCUUGCUUAUAGAGUGUGCAUUUUAAGAAUCUACAACAAAGUUAGAUUUAAAAAUACAUGUGGUAUUGAUCACUUAAGAGUUGACUCUGAUGAUGACUUAUUUGAAGGCUGAUUCAGGAAUCCAGUUAGC